AGGCACCCGGCGGGGAUGGAGGCACCCGGCGCGGCGUCCCCGAGGGCUGAGGGGGCAGCGGGUCCCCAGGGAGCCCCGGGGGUUCCCGGCGGCGGUGGGACGGGACGGGACGGGACGGGACGGGGCCGCCCCGCCUCCCGCUUAAAGAGCCGCGGCGCCGGGCGGCCCGCAGCGAGCUGGGACCGGCACCGCCCGCACCAUGCGCUCCGCCGCCAGACUCUGCCGCAUCCUCCUCCUCCUCCUCCUCCUGCCGCCACCGCCCGCCGCCGCCUACUUCGGCCUGACCGGGAAGGAAGCCCUGACCCACUUCCCGUCGCUGGGCGCCCCGGGGGGCUCUGGCCCGGGCAAGGGGCACGUGAAGCAGUGCGAGCUGCUCCAGCUGUCCCGCAAGCAGAAGCGGCUGUGCCGGAGGGAGCCGGGGCUGGCGGAGACGCUGCGCGACGCCAUCCGCCUGGGCAUCCUCGAGUGCCAGUUCCAGUUCCGCAGCGAGCGCUGGAACUGCAGCCUGGAGGGCCGGCCCAGCCUGCUCAAGAGAGGUUUUAAGGAAACAGCCUUCCUGUACGCCGUGUCCUCGGCGGCCCUGACGCACUCGCUGGCCCGGGCGUGCAGCGCGGGGCGCAUGGAGCGCUGCACCUGCGACGACUCCCCGGGGCUGGAGAACCGCAAGGCCUGGCAGUGGGGCGUCUGCGGGGACAACCUCAAGUACAGCACCAAGUUCCUGAAAAAGUUCCUGGGCCAGAAGAGGAUCGGCAAAGACCUGCGGGCCAAGGUGGACAUCCACAACACCAACGUGGGCAUCAAGGCGGUGAAGAACGGCCUCAAAACCACCUGCAAGUGCCACGGCGUGUCCGGCUCGUGCGCGGUGCGGACGUGCUGGAAGCAGCUCUCGCCGUUCCACGAGAUCGGGCGGCUCCUGAAGCUGCGCUACGAUGACGCCGUCAAGGUCUUCAGCACCAGCAACGACGCCGUGGGACACUCGGAGCUGGCAGGGCCACACAGACACGGCCACUCGGGCAAGCAGCCCGCCCUGCCGCGCCCCACGGACCUGGUGUACGUGGAGGACUCGCCCAGCUUCUGCCGGCCCAGCAAAUACUCCCUGGGCACCGCGGGCAGGACCUGCUCCCGCGAGGGCAACUGCGACAGCAUGUGCUGCGGCCGGGGCUACAACACCCAGAGCCGCCUGGUCACCUUCUCGUGCCACUGCCAGGUGCAGUGGUGCUGCUACGUGGAGUGCCAGCAGUGCAUGCAGGAGGAGGUGGUCUACAGCUGCAAGCAGUAGGGACAGCCCUGAGGGGCGAGGCGAGUCCACGGGAGCAGCAGGGGGACAAGGACAUGGCUCUCUGCUGUGGGGUCAGGGCAAAGACAAGCACCAAAUGUGUGCUCUGCUCCUCCAGCCUCGGCGUCGAGAUGCUCCAGUCUCGGCGUUGAGAUGCUCCAGCCUGGGGAGAGCCCCUGCAUGAGCAGGGAAAACCAGAGGUUUUGUCGGGUAUGGGGUCAGGAAGGAGGGACAGAGAGCAGGGGGGAUGUGGGGACAGCAGAAACCCUGAUGCAGCCGCAGAUGUCCCUCAAGUUCAAACUUGUACUCACCUGUGUGAGAAUAUCCUCCUUCUGCACGCCUCAGGUGCACUCCUGGAGAUGCACUGGGGUGGUGACGUUGGGACACUGAGGGCUCGUGGCCUGGAUCCUGCAGAGAAGAGGAUUAAGGGACUGGGAAGGCAACAACCAGAGACUGGCUCCAGGUGUGGCAGGGCCAGCCGUGCUCCUGCACUGAGGCAGAAGGACUCUGGCAGUGGGGGAUUGCCAGUGCCCUGCCCUGGGAGCUGGCUGAACUCUUUCUGCUGCCAACUCACCAACACACUGCUGAAUAAUCUCAUUUUGGCUCAAGAAUUGUGCCUCAGAAAUACCAGUUUACAAACAAAGGGAGCUCAUGUCCAUCACCUCCCAUGUCUGCAGUUUGGAUAUUGGACUCCAGGUGCAUUUUAACCUUGCUGUUCCUGGUCACCUGGAAUUGCUGCAGUGACAGUGUUUGAGCUGUGGGAACUCGGCUGAGGGCUGUGAAGUCACCCCUCUGCAGCACGGGGCCUCCCAGGGGGUAUUUAUUGGUGGUGAUCCAGGGUGAUGGUGCCAGUUGUGCAUCUCUCUUCCUCCU